GGAGGCGUGUGCCCUCCCUCCCCGCCCCGCCUGCCCCUGCCGCGUCACCGUGACCUGGCACUAAUUCUGAACUUCCCCUGUGCCUGCAUUUGUGCUUCUGUUGCUGCAAAACCGAAACCCACAUCGCCGUACUUCUUCCUCCUGGGGAGCGCAGUUUAUCAGGAAGACCUUGCAGAGCUGGUCCUGCCCUGCUUUCCUGUUUUCCCGGCCUGAGGCCCCUCAAACCACCCUCUUUAGGGUUCUGGUUGCCUGAGAGGAACUAGCAGCUGCUCCCACCUGCCAAGCAAUGGAGCAGGCCUGUUGUGGAGGCUCUGAGACCGAGGCCGGCCUGGGGACAGGACCAAGGACCAGCAGGAGCCUGUGUCAGGAGGAUGCUGCGGAGCAGGGCUGCUCCCCGGGGCCACUGAGGCUUCUUCUCGUAGGGAAGCAUGGGGCAGGAAAAAGUGCCACAGGAAACACUAUUCUGGGCAAAAAGGUGUUCCUGUCCAGAUUCAGUGGGAAGAUGGUGACUGAAACGUGCCAGAGAGAGAGUGGGACCAUGAGAGGGGAGGAGGUUGUGGUCAUCGACACCCCCGACCUUUUCUCCUCAACGGCUUGUGCCAAAGACAAGCAACGAAACAUUGAACACUGCUUGAAGCUUUCUGCCCCCAGCCUGCAUGUCCUGCUUCUGGUGAUCCCCAUCGGCCACUGUAACGUGGAGGACAGAGAGACAAUCGAGGGCGUCCUGAAGGUGUUUGGAGCGGAAGCCAGGAGGUACAUCAUUAUCAUCUUCACUCGGAAGGACGAUUUGGGUGAUGACUCCAUGAAAAAUUACCUUCUACACGACCGAUUGCUUGGAGGGCUGGUUGAAAACUGUGGACACCGCUACUGCUUGUUCAACAACAAGGCAGGUGGGGCUGAGCGGGACAGCCAGGUAGCAGAGCUCCUCUGCAUGGUCAAGCUUUUGGUGGAUGAGAAUGGAGAACCCUACCCCGUGAAUUUCAACAAUGAAGGCAAUGGAUUCCAGGACUGUGUGAAAGAAGCUACCUCUCAGAAGGGGGACAAUCUACAUGGUAAGGUGAUCCUUAAAAGACAGCUGCAGGCCACAGGAUCUGAGCCGAGCCCUGGGAUGUCAGAACUGAAGGUCCUGCUCCUGGGGAAGCGUGGCGUUGGAAAAAGCACGGCCGGAAACAGCCUUCUGGGGAAGCGAGUCUUUGAGACCAAAUUCAGUGACCACUCAGUAACCAAGGAGUUUAAUUCUGAGAGCAGAAUCUGGAGAGGGAGGAAAAUUUUGAUCAUUGAUGGCCCAGACUUACUAUCUGAUUUAAAGCACUUUAAAUUACACCUUUGGAAACAUGCCCCUCAGGGGCCCCAUGCCUUCCUGCUGGUGACCCCACUGGGCUCCUUCACUGACUAUGCAAAGAUGGUGAGCACCAUCCAAGAAAGUUUUGAAGACGAAUUAACUAAGUAUAUGAUUGUGCUCCUCACAAGGAAAGAAGACCUAGAGGAUCAGAACGUAGACACGUUUUUAACCAGCAAUAGAGACCUCUGUGAGCUUGUCAGGAAAUGUGAAAACCGAUACAGCGUCUCCAACUACAGAGCGACAGAAAAAGAGGAACAGUGCCAGGUGGAUGAGCUCCUGCAAAAAAUUGUGAAAGUGGUGCAGCAGAAUGGAGCCAAGUCUUGCAACUUCAGAAAGGAAGAGGCCCUGCGCAUUGUCCUCGUGGGGCGGAGCGGGACUGGGAAGAGUGCCACCGGGAACGCCAUCCUCGGGAAAUCCAUCUUCCUCUCUCAGCUCCGGGCCCAGCCGGUCACCACGAAGUGCCAGAAGGACAAGAGGACGUGGGUGGAGCAGGAAGUCGUGGUGGUGGACACUCCUGACCUCUGCCUGCUGUCCAGCCAGCCAGACCACCGAGAGGAGCUCCAACGCAAUGUGCUCUGCUGUGAAAUGAACACGGUUCUGGUCCUGGUGCUCCAGCUGGGACGGUUCACGGCCCAGGACAAAGCGGCGUUGGGGACACUGAGGACCGUCUUCGGAAAGGAUGUGAUGGAACGCAUGAUUGUGCUUUUCACCCGGAAGGAAGACUUGGGGGCCGAGGACAUUAGAGAUUACUGCAAAAACACAAAUAACACAUUUCUUAAGGAGACCGUUAAAAAGUGUGGGGGGCGAGUUUGUGCUUUUAAUAACAAAGAAACCGGCCAAGCUAUGGAAGACCAGGUAACAGACCUUUUGAAAAUGGCCAAUGAGCUGAUACGUGGACGUAAAAAGCACAGAUUUUCCUGUGAUAAGAAUGUCAGCAAAAUAACGAAAGAUGCCCAGGAAAGGCAAUAUCCCAGAAAAGAAUUCCUAAAGCAAGUAAAAAGUUUCUUUUAAGAGGUGGCUGAAGUGCCUGGGGUCUCUUUAAGUUAGAGAGGGGGGGCAUAGGAAGACUGGUGGAUGGGAAGUGGGUUCAUGACUUUUAAGGGCUUGAGAAAUCAAGGCCUCUCACCUUGUGAUGCUUCGGCUCUUUGAGGUAAAUAAAUUUUCGGGUUGGGGCAGGUAGUCGAUUAUAAAGGAGCAAGAAAAAACAAGGUAGGGAAAACGCGUCAGAAUCAAGUCACAAGAAUGACCUCACCUCUGCAGGUAGAUGGGAGUCAGGACCAAGGCGAAGGCCAGCCUGUGGUCAGACUACAUAUUGUUACACAAGAAUCAGGGCGUCCAGAUACAUGAGAGCGAGGCGAUGUCCGGCAAGUCCUGGGCGUGGCAGGGAGGUGAGCUGGACUCCUGUGGGCCACCCCGUGCCUGCCAGGCCCGCUGGCCGCUGAGCUGUCCUUUCCUAGUGUGGUGGCUAUUCCUUUGUGUCCUCUCCAUUUCUAGUCUGAAUGCAAAGGGAUCCAGUCACCCCAUCUUUGUUGUCCCCAGGGAAAUGAACAAGACUGUGAGGUCUCAAAGGAUUAUUGUUAAAUCAUCACAGUGAAGACUAGAACAAAAAUCAGUAAAAUUGCCAAGAUUAGACAACUUUGCAAAAUUUUUAAAUUUUAAGUAUAAUUCUAGACUCCCUCUAGAAAGGGUUAUUGAAAACUCUUUUGUACUUUUCUCCCUUCUUUAUCUUGAGGGUUAGGAAUUAGGUUAUAAGCAGACAACUCGCAUAAUUAUGGUGUAAACACAUUAGGGGCUUAUGGUGUCUCAUGUCCGGGGGCAGGCCGUCUGAGGCAGGCGCUGUGUCCACGGUCCAGCUUCAUUCUCACGCAGUCUCCGCACUUCAGGUUGCCACUGGCUUCCUAGCCAGUGAUGUUCUACUCACAGGUGAGCAGUUAAAAUUGAGAGCUGCCUGAUGGAGGCGCUGUAUGAGGCAAGAACUAUAGAAUCUUCUUUCAGUAGAUGUAGGGCCAGAUGUUUUCAAUAUUAACCACUUUGGAGAUACUUUGGGGACAGGAUCUAUAUCACCAGCCUUUGUUGUUUUUUUUUGAAAGUAUCAGCUUACCGUCAAGACCGACCCAUUUAUAAGAGCAUGGACUAUCACCAUUAAUAAUUUUGUAUCCUGCAUAACUCUUAUUAUGACAAAUUCUGGAAUCCAUGUAUGCAAAUAUACUCCGCUGAGUGAAAUAAUAAAGAUGAAUGAUAUUAUGAA